UUCAAUCAUCUGAUAAGAUUUUGUUUUUGUCGUCGUCGUCGUCGUCGGAGUGAAUUAGGGAUUCGAGAAUGACGAUGAACUCGCUUCCGAGGAGAUUUGGGAAGAAUCAUGGCUAUCUGGAUCGAGAUUAUCGAAACGGAAGGAGAUCUGGUUCAGAUUCCGAUGAAGAAUUGAAGGGAUUAAGUCACGAGGAAUAUAGGAGGCAGAAACGGCUUAAGAUGAGGAAAUCGGCCAAGUUCUGUUUUUGGGAGAACACACCGAGUCCACCUAGAGAUCAGAACGAGGAUUCCGAUGAGAACGUCGACGAGAUUCUGGAUAAGAACGGCGGCGAAAAAGAUAAUAAUUCGAAAGGGAAAGAAAAGAAAGGUACAUCUGAUUCUGGGAAGUCAGAUUCGGAAUCUGAAUCUGAUGGUUUGAGAUCUAGGAAGAGGAAGAGUAAGAGCUCUAGGUCUAAGCGCAGGCGAAGGAGAUCUUAUGAUAGCGAUAGUGAAUCUGAAGAGAGUGAUUCGGAAGAUGAAGAUAGAAGACGAAGAAGGAAGAGUUCUAAGAAGAAGAAAAGCAGAAGUAGGAAAAAGCGAAGUCAUUAUAGAAAGACGAGAUACAGUGACUCUGAUGAGAGCAGCGAUGAAGAUAGUAAAGCGGAGGAAUCCGAGAUUAGUGCUUCUUCGUCUGGGGAGGAAGACACCAAGUCAAAGAGCAAGAGGCGGAAGAAAUCUUCGGGUUCUAGCUCGAAACGAAGCAAGGUAAAGAAAACGAAGUCAGAGACUGAAAGCGAUGGUAUAGAGGAGGAUGAUUCGAAGAUGCAAUUAGAAGAAACGGUGAAGAACACUGAGCUUGAACUUGAUGAAGAAGAGUUGAAGAAGUUCAAAGAGAUGAUUGAAUCAAAGAAGAAAUCUUCAGCUGUUGAUGAUGAAGAGGAAGAAGCUGAUGUUGGUCCAAUGCCAUUACCUAAAGCUGAAGGUCACAUCAGUUAUGGUGGUGCUUUAAGGCCUGGUGAAGGAGAUGCCAUAGCACAGUAUGUUCAGCAAGGUAAACGUAUUCCUCGUAGAGGAGAAGUGGGUCUUAAUGCUGAAGAGAUUCAGAAGUUUGAGGAUCUUGGUUAUGUGAUGAGUGGAAGUAGGCAUCAAAGGAUGAAUGCUAUUCGUAUCAGAAAGGAAAACCAGGUUUACAGUGCUGAAGACAAACGAGCAUUGGCCAUGUUUAACUACGAGGAGAAGGCCAAGCGCGAGGCUAAGGUUAUGUCUGAUCUGCAACGGCUUGUGCAGCGCCAUAUGGGAGAAGAAGUAGGGCCUAAUCAUGACCCUUUUGGUGCUACAAAGACUGAUGAAGCUGAUGAUUGAUUUUGCUUUGCCUCCUGCUACGAACUGCUUGUGUGGUGCAUUGAGGGAGUUCUAAGAUGGUAGAAAAAUCAAAUUUUAGGAUUUGCGCUCGAUGACCACUUCUGGUCAUAUCAGAUGAACAAUAUUUUUGAUAUGCAAAACUUAGCAAAUGCAAUUAUAUAUGUUGGUGACUUUUAGUCAUCGUCCUCAUGAGCUUUGAUCUUAUCAUGGUUGUAGUGAAGCCUUUGUGGUCAUGGUAUCAUGUUAUCAUCGUCACGACGUCACCAUUAUUAUCACUAUUCUAUAUUGAGAACAGUGAAACAAAAAGUAUACCUGUAAGAGUUUUAAUUA